CAAGCAAAGCAUAUUCAUUUCAACGCUAACCCGCCAAUACAGAGAGCUAAAGAGAGGAGAAAGAAAGACCGUUAGUUGCACGUAAAAACCCCAUUCUGCCCUAAAAUUUCCAGAAAAACCCUCCACCGAAAUCGAAGCAGAUCGUUAUAGAUAUUAGAAACAGUCUUCUUCUUCUUCACAUUCCUCUCUCUCUGCUGUAUUGUCUUCUCUUCUUCGAUCUUUAAAGAAAGGGACUGAAAUUCAAAGAGAAAAAGCUCGAUCGAUCGUUAGGUAGGCCGGAGGAUGGAUGGCGUUACAGCUUCUUCUUCAUCAUCAUCAAUGGACAGCCACGUGGCGAGCUCUGCUUCGUCUUCCAUAUUCCGGAAUUACCCUCUCUUCUCAGCUCUUUCCGCUUUUAUCCUCGCUCAAGGCAUCAAGUUCUUUACUACUUGGUAUAAGGAAAGGCGUUGGGAUGCUAAGCAACUAAUUGGAUCGGGAGGGAUGCCAUCAUCCCAUUCAGCCACAGUUUCUGCUCUUGCCAUUGCUAUUGGAUUCCAGGAUGGGUUUGGAGGAUCGUUGUUUUCCAUCGCAGCAAUCUUUGCAUGUGUUGUGAUGUAUGACUCAUCUGGUGUUAGAUUACAUGCUGGACGUCAAGCAGAGGUUUUGAAUCAAAUUGUAUUUGAACUUCCGGCCGAACAUCCUUUGGCUGACACAAGACCACUGCGUGAAGUUCUUGGCCAUACUCCUCCUCAGGUUGUAGUCGGGGCGCUUCUGGGAUUUGUCACAGCUGGUAUUGCUUACUUGAUCCAUAAAGUCACUGCUCAAGCUUGAUGCUGACAUUCAGGAAAUGCGGCUGUGUCAUCUAUGAUCCUCAAUCUGCAAAACAAAGUUUGUAGGAUGGGAAAACUACUCGAACAGCACCUGCUUGGUUAUUUGAAUCUGAAUGUUAAACCAGAACGUCUGUAAUGUAUAAAAUGUUGGCAGUGUUCUACAUUAAACAUUCUUUUCUGUUGAAUUACAUUACUUACAAUGUGCAUCUGGGUUUUCAAUGUAA